GGUAUGUCGUCUGCGAGAGCUGCGGGACAUGCGCGCAUUUAGCUAAACAUAACCUCAAGCUCUCGACCGUGACUCCGGAAUCGGAUGAUUUCGAAGUAGUUUUUUGUCUAAAAAACCAUAAUAUGUGCAUAUUUUAAAAUUUUCUGAAUAAAGUGUAACUUCAACUCUGGAAUUGAAAAGUUAAGGACGCGAAACGCCGAAGAGAUUCGAGUCGUCAAAAAUGUUUUCGCGUUCGCUUUUGUGCAGCACUCGCCUUUCAGUGCUUCCUCCUUGCAACAAUGUGUUCGGAACAACUAUACAAGCUGCUGGGCUCAGAUUUUUUCCACCGCCCAUCAAGUAUGACAUUGAAACUCCACCUGACACUCGUGGAAAAAAGUUGUCCAUACAACCAAAAGUACCACAGUAUCCUCCCCAAAUGAGGCCCUUCAAAAUGCAAAAGAAACUCAAAUUCAUGAGAGGACCUGAGCUGGUAUUAAACAAAUUAUUGCAUAAACAAUAUGGAGUUAUAGCUUUGGUGGGUGGGAGAAUGAGGUACGGCCACUUUGAAAUGGUGCGUUGGACUUGUGGUAGAAAGUUACCUGAAAAAGCCUUUUCAUUGUGGCGUGUUGAUGCUCCAUGGCAACCUGUUACUAAAAAGGGUGCAGGUCAAAGAAUGGGUGGAGGAAAAGGUUCGAUCGAUCACUAUGUCACUCCUGUUAAAGCUGGAAGAGUUAUCAUUGAAGUUGGUGGACCACUGGAAUAUGCAGAGGUGAAAAAAACUUUGGAAGAAGUAGCGCAUAAGCUGCCGUUCCCAGCAAUGGCUGUUAGUCAAGAAAUGUUAGACCAAAUGGAAGAGAAUGAAAGAUACAAGGAAGAACAUAACGAAAAUCCAUACACUAUGAAAUAUAUUAUUCAAAAUAAUUUAGGAGGCUGUCAUAAUUGGAUAUCACCCAUUGACAAACUCUACUUUGGCAAAUACACGUAAUUUUGUAAGUAUUUUUAAUGUUAAAUAAAAACUGCAAAAAUCACA